UUGAGUGACGACGGCGAGACACUCAUCACUGGAACGCACAGUGGUGUUGUGAAUGUUUGGAGCAUUCAGACCUCGUCAUGCGUGGCGACAUUUCAUCACCACGAAGCACUAGUUUCGGCAGUAGAAUGCUUACGAUCCGGCGGCGGAUUCUUGUCCGCGAGCUUUGAUGGCACAAUACUGAUGUGGUCGUUCACCACAGGUCAACUCCUUGAGGUACUGUCUGGUCACAGCGCUAUCAUCUCCUCCUUGGACUUCUGCAUGACGACAACCAUGGUGUCUGGAUCUUGGGAUGGUACAGUCCGACUGUGGGACAUGAGCCAUCGAGAGUUCGCCUGUGAAGUCAUUCCACACAGUCGUGAUGUGAUUGCAGUCGCAAUACGCCGCGAUGAUAAACAAUUAGCUGUAUCUACCUCCGGGCAAAAAAUAGCAUUUUGGAAGAUGGAA